GUAGUUUGUCGAUUGUCGUUUGGUGUCACUUCUUAACAUUCGAAAUUUUUUAGGAAUUUUCUAUCUGUAACUCAGACAUAAUCCAGAUGUAAACCUGAUGCAUUUGCGAUAAUUAGUUGUACUGAUUCACUUUUACUGAUUUUGACUUGUGUAACCUAUAAAACUAUUAACAUUUAUAAUUAUUUUGAAUGAUAAUCCUAUAUUACAUUGAUAUAUAUUUUUUUCUGAAAUGGAAUUUAUUAACACACGAAUUAAAUUUCUUUUCCGUCGAAAAAAUUUACUGAACAAACAAAUAAUAAAUAAAAUACAAAGGAUAAAUACAAAAUCAAAAUUCAGUGAAAUAAAAAAAACUUUACUUCCAUUGUUAGACACAGACUAUCCACCACAGGAUUUAUGUUUUAAUAUACGUAAUGAUAUAAUUAAUAAACAUUCUGUGCCUGAACGUGCUGUAGACAUAAAAAUCUUGGAUGUAUUUAUGCUAGAAAAUAAACUUGAAAGUGCUAAAAUUUACUUCAAAUAUUUAAAAAGUAACAAUUAUCCUAUUACUAAGUUUAUUUUGAUAAAAUAUCUGGAAUUACUUAGUCUAAAAAAAACAUCAAUAUCGAAUCUCGAAGAAGAAGAAAUUUUAUAUAUAUGUGAUGUAAUAAGAAAGGAAUAUGAAUAUAUACCGCCCUCGAUUUUAUUAAUUUAUGUUAAUGCUUUAUGUUUGACUAGUAAAUGGGAAACAGUACUUGAUAUAAUUAUAUCUAAUAGUGAAGAAAAUAUAAAUGUUAAAAUAAUGUCAUAUGUAGCAGCAGCGGCAUUUCGUAAUGGGAAAGCAAACGUUGGAUAUGAAUUUAUAAAUAAAAUAGAGUUUAAUUGUCAAGAUAUGUAUAAACGUAAUCAAAUAUAUAAUCAAUAUUUAAAUUAUUAUAUAAAACAUAAGAAAGAUCAAUUAAAUGAUGCAGUUAACAAAAUGUUUCAUUUUUGGAAAAAACAUGAUAUAGUACCAUUGAAAUCGAUUAUUGAUAGUUUUGUAGAUACUUGUAAACAAUCAGAAUGGGAGGCACAUUAUGUUCACAUGACAUUUGAUGGACAAUGCAGUCAUUGUAAAAAUUAUUUAUCACAAAUGGCUCUAAAGACCAACUUUAACAAACUAUUUAAGUCUGUGUUAUCUGAACUACUAAUAGGUAAUGAUAUUUUUCAAAAGACCACUCCAAGUGAAUUUACUCAAUUUAAAGAAUUUAUUGAUAAAACAAAGCCAUUUGAUAUUGUGAUAGAUGGUCUUAAUAUGGUAUAUGGAAUAUUCCAUAAAUCAGUGAUACAGGACAUAAUAUCACAAUUUGUUAAAGAACGUAAAAAAAUUCUGGUUAUUACACGGGAACAUAAAUUUAAUUCAAUUAAAUGGAUGCUUAAGUUCGAUAAUAUAUCUAUUUAUCUUCUUAAAAAUAUAACAGACGAUGAUCUCUAUAUGUUAUAUGCAACUUUAGCAAGUGGAAGUAAUGCGAGAUUUCUGUCAGUAGAUCUACUGCGAGGACAUCUUAAUAAACUCAAAGAUGUGAAUAUGCGGAAAGCAUUUACGCGGUGGCAACUUACACAUCGGUAUAGUUGGAAUCAUGUUGGUCAAAAGAAUAUUUUGAUCAAUCCUAUAUCAUAUAAUCCUUACGCACAAAUUAACAAUGGACAUUGGCAUAUUCCUUAUAAAGAAACAAAUAAAUCAUUGCACACGCCUAUCGAUACAUGGGUUUGUUUAUGUCAUUCAAGAAGAUAAUUUAAUAAUAAGUAUAUUCAUUUCAUUCAAUCUUUUUUAUAGAAAAU